CUUGCGUCACUUCCUGCCACCGCGAGGCCUCAACGACGACAAGACGGAGGACGAGGACGGGGAAGAGAAGGGGCGUACUAAAAGUCGAAAAUAAAUCAGAUAAAUUUUAGGGAGAAACGGAACAGAUUACACGCGUUAUUUUUUGCCCUCCUAAACAAGAAGAGGUGCCCGUGAUGUCGGCCCAGGCGCAGAUGAGAGCUCUGCUCGACCAGCUAAUGGGAACUGCGAGGGAUGGUGAUGAAACUCGACAGAGGGUGAAGUUCACCGAUGAGCGUGUCUGCAAAAGUCAUCUCUUAAACUGCUGCCCUCAUGACAUCCUUUCUGGAACCCGCAUGGACCUUGGGGAGUGUUCAAAGAUACACGACUUGGCACUUCGCGCAGAUUAUGAAAUAGCUUCUAAGGAAAGAGACCUCUUCUUUGAGCUUGAUGCUGUGGAUCACCUGGAAUCCUUCAUCGCCGAUUGUGACAGAAGAACAGAACUUGCCAAGAAACGCCUCGCUGAGACCCAGGAAGAAAUCAGUGCUGAAGUUGCUGCAAAGGCAGAGAAAGUGCACGAGCUAAAUGAAGAAAUCGGGAAGCUUCUUGCUAAGGCAGAGCAGCUGGGAGCUGAGGGCAACGUAGACGAGGCACAGAAGGUCUUGCAGGAGGUGGAGAAGGUCCGAAGCAGGAAGAGGGAUGCAGAGGAGGAAUACAGAAAUUCCAUGCCAGCCUCCAGUUUUCAGCAGCAGAAACUCCGCGUAUGUGAGGUGUGCUCCGCUUACUUGGGUCUCCAUGACAACGACCGACGACUAGCUGACCAUUUUGGUGGAAAGUUGCACCUGGGCUUCAUCCAGAUCCGUGAGAAGCUGGAGCAGUUAAAGAAAACGGUUGCAGACAAGCAGGAGAGGCGGAACCAAGAGCGUCUGAAGAGGAGGGAGGAGCGGGAACGCGAGGAGCGGAUUAGAAAGAGAGGGGAUUCUGCAUUGACUGAUAGCCCAGGAGAACUCCAUAGGGGGACUGCGUCAGGGACCCGGUCACGGAGCAGGGAGCGCCGCAGGUCUCGUUCUCGAGAUCGCAGGAGGCGGCGAUCUGAGUCAACGUCGCGGGAGAAGCGCCGUUCCCGCUCACGCUCCAGGGAGCGUGAGAGGCGUCACCGCCACCGCAGCCGAUCCCGCAGCAAGGGGCACCACCGCAGCCGCGAUCGCAGCCGUGAACGCGACCGCGAACGAGACCGCGACCGUAGCUCCAAGCAUAAAUCUUCGCGCGAUCGCGAGGGGUCCUCCCGCGACCGCUCUCGAGACAGAGACAGGAAGAAGAGCUCGUCGGAGCGGCGGCAGGACGGCGUCAACGGGAAGGUGGACUCCCGCAGGCUGGAGGAGAGGGAGGCCGGCGAGAUCUGAGGGCCCUUCGCUCUGUACAGUCACUCUGUUAACUACUGCUAGCAACGCCGACCCCAGCUCCGUCUCAGCGUGGCCUGCACUCGUAGCUUGAUGCACCGCUCUCUCUCUCCUGCUGGACCAUGCCUUCUCCGGGGCAUUUUUCAGUGUCCUGACAUUGUUUUUGCUCUGAGGAUCAUAAUGCUUGUAUCUCAUAUGAAAUUUUUUUUUUUCUUUUUUCCCCCUCCUCCCCAACAUCCAGAAUCCACCUGGAGAUGCUAUUAAAUGGAUUUAGAAGAAUAAAAGUAGUGAAUGAAUUGUUUAAGUGCAUGAUUAAAGUCCAGAAUUUGUUGAUAAUCCUCCAACAGUUGGUAUUCUUCUGCAGUGUGCUUUUUUAUUUUUUUAUUUUUUUUUUGGAACCUGCAAUCUAAAUGUAAUUUAUAUAAUGACGAGACGAAAAUGAGAUUAUAUAAGAAUGUCUGUUCGGUGUAGUCGUAAAGUGGAAGCACUAGGCAAAGUGAACUUGGGCUUCACUUGAAAGUAACUGGAGCCCAGCUGUGCGAUCGAAGCGUACCUUUUACUCCGAUGAAUUCCAGCCAGUUGAAGGUACCGCAGUCAUGCGUCCCUGCUCAGUUUUGCUGUUUUUCUUUUUAGCUGAAGAGGACAGUCAGUGUUUAACGCCUGCAGGCCUGCCUGCCACAGUGGGCUCGCAGGAGGGCCCUUCCCAGGUCACACUGGGCCGUGCAAAGCUGCCCGUGUUCGGUGUUGACGUUUGCCGUCAGGACUGUACAUUUUUAUUCUCUUUUCUGUAUUAAAAAUAGUACCUUUUGUUUGACUCUCUUGGGUUACUUUUGCUUUUUCAUGGUAGCAUUUAAUAAUAAAUUGUGACUGAGGAACAAAGGCUGGCUGGUCUCAUGAACUCUUCCCUCUUUUACUGACAUUAAUUUCUAAUGGCUAAUUAGUUUUCCUUAAUGUAACCGAUAUAAAGUUCAUGUCCUGUAUGCUCUUGUUGAGAUCUGGUAAGUUUGCGGUUGAGUCUGCAUGUAUAAGACAGGAUGCCUAAUGAGCUCUGAUUUUGUCUCCUUGUGCUGUUUCCUUCUGGACUGUGGCAGCAUCAGAGGUGAGGGGGGUCCGACUUCAGAGGGCGCGAAGACCCACGUCUCCGCGGUACGAACACCUCACUCGCUAUGGUCACUGUGUGUUUCAGUGUCGCCCACAAGGCGCGUCGGCUUAUGACUCGCGGUUCUGUAACCACAGUCUUGUGUUAAAAUGCUGAAAGGGAAGAACCUGUUUUUAUAUCAUCUACUUUUAGCUGAUUAUUACUUUGUCGAUUUUUAUAACGUUCUCUGUUACCCCAUUGAUAGGCUGUUUAUAUUUUAGUGACAACAUAGAUGCAGUAGGCUUCAGUGGAACAGAUGUACCUAUAAGUGUAUUUAAAUGUCAUAACUGGAAUUAUUGGUUUGUUUAGCUGUUUGCAGUUUUUUUUUUUCUUCCUUUCCUCAAGGUAUCUUCUGUCCCAAACUUGUAUUCCCUGUUUAUAUUCACAACAUUAAAAUUUCUUGAAAUAG